AAGCCAUCUACUCUGGCCUUAUGUUUAUGAAAUGACCUUCCACCCUUCGUAGCAUGCAUAACAUCAAAUACGUGCCUCUCUCCAUACGUCGCUGCGACAUGCUAGCGGGCGGUUGAAUCCUACAGCGACAACAACGUCCAAUUUUUCUACAGUCUAGAGGUACAGAAAAUACAAUAAAAAGGACAGCGACGUCCCAGGAGUUUCCAGAAAAUGUCGUCUGCUCAGAAAAUCACAGACGACAUUUUCAAGAUGGCGGUGAACGGACUGCGACAGAAAACGCCAGUGGUUCUCCUGGCCUGUGGUUCCUUCAACCCCAUCACCAACAUGCAUCUGCGUAUGUUCGAAAUUGCGAAAGAUUUUUUGGAAAAGUCAGGAAAGUACAUCGUCAUCCAAGGCAUCAUCUCUCCUGUGAAUGAUAAAUAUGCUAAACAGGGUCUUCUCCCUGCCAACCAUCGUCUAGCCAUGUGUAACCUGGCAGUGCAGUCUUCAGAUUGGAUUAGAGUUGAUCCGUGGGAGAGCCAGCAGGACCAGUGGUUACAGACAGUCAAGGUGAUGAGACAUCACAAGGCCAAGCUGGAGGAGCAGCAGCAUGGCCUCAUGGAGACCCCCAGCAAAGCCAAGAAACGCAAACUCAACACACGGACACGCAGCUGUAGUCAGAGUAGUGUAGAGGACAUUGCCAAUGAAAAUGAGGUGGAAGAGAUCAACUCAAGAAAUAAUGCAGGGUACAUAGAGCUGAAGCUGUUAUGUGGGUCAGAUCUUCUGGAGUCCUUUGGAACACACGGUCUAUGGAAAGAUGCUGACAUCCGAGAAAUUGUUGGCAAGUUUGGGAUUGUGUGUGUGUCCCGAGCUGGUACCAACCCACAGAAGUUUGUGUACGAGUCAGACGUGCUGUCUGAGUAUGAGAACAACAUCCUGAUUGUGACUGAGUGGAUCCAGAAUGAGAUCAGCUCCACCAGGAUCAGACGAGCCUUGAGGCGACAGCAGAGUGUCAAGUACCUGAUACCAGAUCCAGUCAUCGACUACAUCAAGAAAAACGGUCUCUUCACGAACGACAACGAUAUCUUAAUCAGAAGCGCUUCCAAGUAUGAGACCAGUCUGUAGCUGUGAAGCAUUGCUAUUGGCUGCACAACAUUAAGAUAAAGUA